AUGGCUGUGGGAAAGAACAAGAGAUUGUCCAAGGGCAAGAAGGGUCUCAAGAAGAAGACCGUGGACCCCUUCUCCCGCAAGGACUGGUACCAGAUCAAGGCCCCCGCGCCUUUCAACGUUCGCGAUGUCGGCAAGACCCUGGUCAACAGAACCACCGGUCUCAAGAACGCCAACGACGCCUUGAAGGGCCGCAUUCUCGAGGUCUCUCUGGCUGAUCUCCAGAAGGAUGAGGACCACGCUUUCCGUAAGGUUAAGCUCCGUGUCGACGAGGUCCAGGGCAAGAACUGCCUGACCAACUUCCACGGCCUCGACUUCACCUCCGACAAGCUCCGCUCCCUCGUCCGCAAGUGGCAGACUCUCAUUGAGGCCAACGUCACCGUCAAGACCACCGACGACUACCUCCUCCGCCUCUUCGCCAUUGCUUUCACCAAGCGCCGCCCCAACCAGAUCAAGAAGACCACAUACGCUGCCUCUUCGCAAAUCCGUGCCAUUCGCCGCAAGAUGACUGAGAUCAUCCAGCGCGAGGCCUCUACCUGCACUCUCACCCAGCUGACCUCCAAGCUCAUCCCCGAGGUCAUUGGCCGUGAGAUUGAGAAGUCUACCCAGGGCAUUUACCCCCUGCAGAACGUCCACAUCCGCAAGGUCAAGCUCCUCAAGCAGCCCAAGUUCGAUCUCGGUGCCCUGAUGGGUCUCCACGGCGAGUCUGGCACCGACGACCAGGGACAGAAGGUUGAGCGGGAGUUCAAGGAGCGCGUUCUUGAGGAGGUUUAA